AUGCAAACCGAGGUGGGGUAUCGGAGUUGGCGAAGCAGCUCCGCCGAGGGAGGGAUAGCCGGCAGGAAGGGCUGCGUCGGCGAUCUCUUUUCUUUUCUGGUUCGAUCGGUAUCCACUCACGAAGGGGGAGAAAGGACUUCGGUCCUCUGUCUUUGUCUGCUCGAGAAGAGGAACUUGGUGGGAAGCAGUCACAAGGGUGGUUCUGUGGUGCUCGUGGAUCGCUGCUUCUUCUUCUCCGGUGAACUGUGCCAACAGGGGAAUUCAUGGGUGUUUGUUUCUUGUGUUCUUGACUGGGAACGAAUGCAGAUGUGUGUUGACGAUUCAAUCACAGCUUUUUUUUAA